AUAACUAAAGUAACUAUGAUUCUAUGAAUAUCUCUCUACCAAAUAACUGCAGCCUCUCCUUAAAGCAGAGAAGGAGAUAGUUGGUCUGUUAAUGAAAAAGCUCCGAAAUUUGUUUGAGAAGUAGCAAGUAUUAUUUUCUCAUCGAAUCAGUUAUUAUGGUGGUUCAUAAAUGAAGAUGAUUUUGAGAGAUAUGGUGUUGUUGAGGAGCAAAACUGCUGCAAUUCCACUUGUUCAUUCUUCUGGUAUUCUUCUUCCUCUCUCUCCUCCUUUCUUUCCUUCCAUUUUCAUAUCUUUAUUUUCUUGUCGAAAUUAUACAUAUGGUGCAACAUAUCAUCAUGUUGAUAUACAUGUUGAUGACCGUCAAUUGUUCCUAAAGUCUGUGAGACAUGAAUGCAAAUUAGGGUUUCACAAGAUUAAUCAUCCCCUUUCUCUGUUUGAUGCUAUGAUAUCUUUGAGUCCUCUUCCUUGUAUAAUUGAUUUCAAUCAGCUUUUAAGUGCAAUGUGUAAGAUUAAACCCCACCCCCCUUUCUCCAUUGUCAUCUCUCUCUUUCGCCAGCUUCAGCUGUCCAGUCUCCCCCUUGAUCAUUAUUCCCUGUCCAUCCUUGCCAAUUGUUACUGCCGCUUGGGUCGUGUUGAUUUCGGGUUUUCUGUUCUCACCAAGCUGUUUAAGAUGGGACAUCAGCCUGAUAUUGUCACUUUCACUACAUUGAUUAAUGGGCUUAUUCAUUUUGAUCGACUGGACGAAGCUGUUCAAUUGCUCGAUAAGACCAUCAAGCUUGGUUUCCGACCUGACAUCUUCACCUACGGGACUAUGUUUAAAGGUCUCUGCAAACGAGGAAACAAUGUUGGUGCUCUUAAGUUGCUUCGCACCAUGGAAUCUCAUGGCCAUUGCCUGCCUAAUGCUGUCAUAUAUACUACCAUCAUUGACAGUCUCUGCAAAGAUAAGUUUUUAUCUAAAGCCCUCAAACUUUUUCAGGAGAUGAAAAACAAGCGUAUUUCCCCUAAUGUCAUCACUUACAAUACGCUAAUUCGUGGUAUGUGCACUAUGGGGAAGUGGAAAGAUGCUCAAGAGAUGUUGACUCAGAUGUUGGACAACAAUGUAGUUGCUGAAGUGGAGACCUACAACAUGUUGAUUGACAUGUAUUGUAAAGAAGGGAUGGUUGCUGAAGCAAGGGCUAUAUUUGAUUCCAUGAUUGACAGUGGUCAGGUUCCAAAUAUCAUCACUUAUAGUGCUUUAAUGGAUGGAUAUUGCUUAUGUGGUGAGAUGGAAGAAGCUGAAAAGGUAAUGGAUUUGAUGGUAAAACAUGACCACAAACCUAAUGUGGUUACUUUUAACAGCUUAAUCAAUGGAUAUUCAAAGGCUAAAAAGGUUGACAAAGCUGUGCAUCUUUUCCAAGAAAUGCCACAUAAAGGACUUACUCCUAAUGUUGUCACAUAUAACACUCUAAUUGAUGCUCUGUGCAAGGACAAUCAAGUACAUUUUGCACGCAAGCUCUUUAAAGAUAUGGAAUCUCAUGGCUUAAAACCAGAUGUAGUCACUUAUAAUUCGUUGAUUCAUGGUCUAUGUCAAAAUGCACUGAUUGACGAGGCAUUACACAUGUUUAAUGACAUGAAGAGCGGUGGUGUGAUCCCCGAUACUUUCACGUACACUAUCUUUAUUGAUGGCUUGUGUGAAGCUGGCCGACUUGAAGAGGCUGUGAAUAUCUUCUCCUUUCUUGUAGCUAAGGAGUUACCCCUAAAUGUGCGUACCUACACUGCAAUGAUCAAAGGAUUUUGUAAGAAAGGGCUACUAACUGAUGCUCAAGAGGUAGUAAAGAAAAUGGUAGAUGAUGGAUGUCCUCCAGAUGAGUGCACCUACAAUACAAUUAUUAGGGGAUUCCUUCAGGGUAAUGAUCUUAGCAAGGCUUUGGAGCUUGUCACCAUUAUGACCAGCAAAGGAUUUGCAGCUGACGCUCAGACUACUUCGCUAUUUGCUUACUUACUCAUUGAUCCCAGAGUUAGUGAAGAAAACAAGGCCUUGCUUCGAAAGUUCUUCGAGAAAUGAGUACUUUGUAGUUGCAGUUUUCAUUUUGAAAUGCUAAAAGCCAGCAUUUGUACAGAAAGAGUUAGAUGACCAUGCUUCUAGCUCAGUGAUACGUUUGCUCAUUUCAAUUAGCUGAAUAAGUUGCGAUCAACCUGAGUUAUUCAAAUUUUUACAUUUGGAAGUGUUGCCUGAUUCUUUGCUGAAACCAUAGUUCCUUAGAUGACCCUAUGGAGUGAUCCUGAUGAUAGCUAUCACUGUCGCGUUAAUAUGGUGUAGUAUGAAUUAGCUGGAUAGUAACUGGCCGGUAAGUGUCCUUUUUGCUCUGGGUUUGUUUCUCGGCUUAGGUGUAGGUGGUUUUUGUUCCUGAGAGAAACAAUAGAUUUAAUAUUGACAAACGUAGUUUGAUUUAUACUCUCUUUGCUCAUUAAGUGGGAGUACUUGGAUUAUUUGGCCUCUAAUACACAAUGCCUUUAAGCUGUUGUGAUUACCA